CGCGGCCGGCCCGGCCCGGCCCCGCCCGCAGUCGGGGCAGCGCGGCGGGCGGCGGCCAUGUGGGUGUUCGGCUACGGCUCCCUCAUCUGGAAGGUGGACUUCCCCUUCGAGGAGAAGAUGGUGGGGCGCAUCCGCGGCUACAGCCGCCGCUUCUGGCAGGGCAGCACCGACCACCGCGGCGUGCCGGGCAAGCCUGGAAGAGUUGUGACUCUGGUUGAAGACCCUGAGGGGUGUGUAUGGGGUGUUGCUUAUAGAUUGCCAGCUGGACAAGAAUGUGAAGUCAAGGCAUACCUAGAUUUCAGAGAGAAAGGAGGCUACAGGACUACAACUGUCAUUUUCUAUCCAAAAGACUCAUCAAUAAAACCAUUUGAUGUAUUACUGUACAUUGGAACUUGCGAUAACCCUAACUACCUUGGUCCCGCGCCUCUAGAAGAAAUUGCUGAACAGAUUAUUAACGCGGUUGGUCCCAGUGGAAGAAACACGGAAUACCUGUUUGAACUCGCUAACUCUAUGAGAAACCUCGUACCAGAAGACAUGGAUGAACAUCUCUUCUCCUUGGAGAAACUAGUAAAGGAACUAUUGGAAAAACAUCAAAGCAUAAAUUGCCUAUAGAAUAACUUAUUUCUUUUAAUGAUCUUGCUUCAUCUUCAGAGGAAUGGUUUCGUUGCACAAUGGCUAUAUGACUUGGAGGCAUGUUUCUCUGUACUAUGCUAUCUUAUUUAUUUUAAUAUUGCGUUCAAAAGAGUAGUUAGUCAUUAAAACAUACGGUUUUAAAAAUCAUACUUUUGGGAGUCUGUAGAAGGGGGAGCAGGGGAAGUGCUUCAGGUUUGAAUUUGGUAUAUUGUUUUCUUUUUAUCCAAGGAUUUCAUCUUUCUUUACAGAAAUCUCAAGAGAACCACUUAAGCCUCUCUAUUAUUUCAGGUUAAAAAAAAAUCUAUAUCUUUUAAGUAUUUUCAGAUGAACAUCUGCAUUCAGAUACAACUCCCAUUGAUUCAAGUGAUGUUUUUUUCAGAUUCAAGACCGGCAUGGAGCUCAGUGCAGCUAAAUAGAUGAAUGUUAAGUAGGUAUUGUAAACUGCAUAGUAAAUGCAUAGUAGGAAACUUGUAUCAGCAUUCAAGUUCAUUGAAAUUAAGUUGUUCCAUUGCAUUAGUGAUCUUACCCUGCAUGUUUGUCCUUAAGACAUAGAGGAUAAACUGUCAGUGUCACAAAAAUAGUCCUUUCCCUUGGCUCAUUGUGUCAAGCCCCUGAAAACCAAAGUGCCGGGGUACUCCGACACAAACAAGCAGUACCAUAUUAGUGCGUCAUUUUAUUUUUCAAGAUUAAAGAAUAAAACUAAAGUGUUAAAAUUAACUAAGAGUAUGACUUGAAGCCACGAUGCAGCAAGAACGUUCAGAAACUCUCAGCUUUGUUAUUUGCCUUUAGAUGCUGUUGUAACCCAAUUUUGUAGAAACUCACCAGUCUGUGAGGAUAGAUUUUGCGCCAGUGAUGUUCAACCAGUGUUUCAGGGAUUUGCAGACAAAAGGUCAUUAAGAAAGGAACCCUCUUUUCAGUCAACUGACGUGUUUUAUGGACUUCUAGCCAAAAAAGUUGGAAAGCCACUAGUUUAGGCUAAUAGCUUUACUUUAUGCAAAACGUAGGAUGGAGUUUCCGUCCGAACAAGGACUUGUCUUGCUUCUCAAAAUUUUAAGUUAUUUUUGUUAACUUUCAAUAAAGUGUAUUUUUUUAAUGUUAAUAUAAGAAAGGUCCUGUUUCAAGUACCAUGUAGCAUCUUAUUGUCUCAUGCAGGGAAUGUAUAUAUGUUCAGUAGGCGUUUGGAAGCCUAUAUUUUGCAUCAGUACUUGCAAAACCAGUAUGUUUCUACUGUACAGGCUGUCCAUUUUCCUUCUUUGCAUUUUCCUGUUUUAUAUUUGUAAUUCCUUGAAAAUACUAGGGUUAUCAGCAUAACAAGCUGCUGUUAUUUUUCUUGGCCACCUACAAAAGCCAAAAAGAACAUUAAUAAAUGUUAGUGGGAAACAUUUGAAAAAGGCACCGAGAUGAGUAGAUUGUAGGAUAUUAAAUUCAAACCUAAAUUCCAGAUAAUAAGAUUACUUAAAAUAUUUAGCCAAGAAAGCUGUUUUUGUUAAAUGCCAGAUUACAACUUUAGCAUGCUUCUGGCAUCACUCAAGCAUACAUUCAUUGAGGAAAGAAAAAAACAGUUUACUAGUUUUUAGAAGCUACUGUUUAGUGGUUGAAUGCCGCUCUUAAAAGAGUGUGUAAUAGGGUCUCACUUGAUGGACUACUAUAACUUGCAGAAGCAAAUCCUCUGAUGAUAUUAGCAAAAUAAUCCCACGUACUGAGGCCCCAUUAUUCCAUUAGUACAUGAGUUACUUGCAAACUGAUGGAAUAAAUAUCCUUCAGAGGUCUUGAUUCUCCACUGCACUGUGCUGGUUUAAGAUCGAUACAACUGAGUGGAAAAGCAACGUCAGCUAAUUCAGCUGUACAGCGGGACAGAAGCCUGAUGGGGACAUCCAGGUGUCUGUCCAUCACAACAGCCAUUAAGAUGCCUGAAGAUGGAAUUAAACAUUUGAGCAAGAGUGACUUCACACACCAAAGACUGACAGUGAUAGCCACAUCAGCACUGAGGAACAUGCAGUUACGCAAGCAUUAUUCCCCCUGACGUAGAGUCACUCACUCUUAAGUGUUGUGGGAUACUGAACUGUAACUGAAAAUGUUAUGUAUGAAUUAUUUCAAGAAUAUUUAUGUGUUCCUCCCGCAACAAAACCAGACAAAAAGAAGAACCAAACAGCACUUCUUUUCUUGUGCUUGCCUCAGAUAGAAGCAAGCUUUAGUGAAGUUAAAACACGUAAGAUGGCAUGUCGACUCUACGCAUUUUUUAAUUAUUUCCCCAAAGGCUUAUCUGUGUUCCUUAAAACAGGGCAGGGGUUGCAUACGCUCACUAAUGAUCCAAAAACAUCAGCGAUGAUUCUCUCUUUAAAACUAAGUUUAAGCACUGUGUUGGGGCAUUGUGAUUAUGUAUGGCUCUACAGUUUGUAUCUUUACUUAUAUUCAGGACAUCGUUGGUUCAUUUGCUUUCCAGAUUCAUAAAA